GCGAAAGUCCAGCUUGUCAUGUGUCUGUCCAAAACCCUGUCUGGAGAAAUUUGGAUUACAGAUCGCGCAAAGGAAGAUUAACAGACCAGGGUCUGUGUUGUUCUCAAUGUUAGAUUUUUUGCAGGAUAAGCUUUGGUAAUUUUUAUUGGUUAAAACUAGGGGUUGUAUUUAGCCCAUUGUAUGUGUGUGUGUGUUUAUGUGUCGAGAGAAUGAGUGUGUACCUGCUGGUCCUGUGUCUGGCUUUGCUGCAGCAGCCGGGAAGAGCCAAGCCAGACACUCCAGGAUGUUUAAAUCCUGAGGCGGUGAGAGUGGCUGAAGAGGCCAUGGACCAGAUCAACCAGGACCGGACAGAAGGUUACGUCCUGAGCCUCAACAGACUGUACGACCUCUCUCACACUCCUGAAAAGGAUAAGGGUGGGUCUCUCUACAAACUGACCAUUGAUGUGAUGGAGACCAGAUGCCACAUCACCAGCAGGAAACCAUGGAAACAAUGUGAGGCUAGAAAUAUUGGUGAAGUUCCAGUGUAUGGAGAGUGUAUGGUGUCGGCCUUCAUCGACACUAAGGUCAAGCUCCAAAGUUACUCCUGUGCACUUCGUGAAGUUCCUGCCACUGCUGUCAUCGAGGUGUGUCCAGACUGCCCCACAGCCGAAAACUUAGACGAGCCGGUGGUAAAGGAGACGGCCAAUCUCUCGCUGCAGAGGUUCAAUGGAGAAAGCAGCCUGGCCAACUACUUCACUCUGGAGAACAUAACCAGAGCCUACUCGCAGUGGGUGUUUGGGCCAUCAUACUUUGUGGAGUACACCAUUGUGGAGACGGUGUGUUCAAAGAAAACAGAUCCGAGUGAACUGAGUGGCUGCACACCGAUGGACUGUCCGUUUGCUCACAGAGGCUUCUGUGUGGGCUCACACAUCUUCCAGGAGGAGGUCUAUAUUACAUUCUCUUCUGGAAAGACACAGAAGCUUCCGAGCCCAAACCCAGUGGAAGUGAAGUGUGAGAUCUUUGAACCUCAGGCUGCAGCUGCGGAGGAGCAGGCCCAUGCAAAAGCAGACAGUGGACACACAGGUCAUCAACACUGCAACCACACACACCUGCACCCCCACGAGCACAUGCACUCAGUCACACCAAGCUCAGACCCCAUCACCUCCAAGCCCCGAGGCUCCCAGGGGACCGUGGUGUAUCUGCCCGCACCUAUCAGAGGCUCCCCUGCAGCCAGCUCCUGCCCCGGCCCGCACAGACACCGCCUGGGUAUAGAUAGACUCAGGCUCUGAUUGGCUGGACCAGGAGGCUUGUUCUUUGAUCUGUAAUUCAGCUAAAUAUGUCUGCAUGUUGUAACUAGAU